CCCUAACCUGACUUUCUCUUCCACACACUGUUAUCUCUCUCUCUCGGUUGUAACGUUUAGGGUUUCUCACAAUCAUACUUGGUGGUGUGUGCAUUGAUGAAGAUUCGCUUGAAGAUACAAAUACAGUUGAAACCUUUUCUAGGUUAUUUGUGCAGAUGGAACCAGAAGUAAUCGAAGCCGAGAUAGUAUUGCCGACACACCUCAGUUUCAAGAAGAUUCAGAUGUAUGAGAAGUUUCCAAAGGGACAAGCCAGAGGGAGGCAUUGGAAACAUCUCAAGCAGAUCAUUCAAGCUGAGAAUUACCAAAAUUAUUCCCCUGAUGAACCCAAUUAUGUUAAUAUUGAGACACCACCCUCCAUGCAUCCUUGCAAGCGAAUUUGCGAUGUAACAGGUUUUGAGGCACCUUACUCUGACCCAAGAACCAACCUCCGUUAUGCCGGUACAGAUGUCUUCAAGCUCAUAAGAUCACUUCCAAAUGAGUAUGUUCAGAGGUAUCUCGCUCUCAGAAAUGCAGCGGUUGUUCUGAAAUAAUUUUUGACAAUUUAGGAGACUGGAGAUCGAAUUUCUGCAUAAUUAAAAAGCGCGUUGAAAAGUAAGUUUAUGCAGAGUGGGUGAUCUUUGAUAUGCUAUUGGGUUGCUCACUGUAAUGUGUAUGACUAGAUGAAAGAAAUGGAGAGCUUUCUCCUUUACUUUACAUGAAGCUACUAAUAAUUAAUUUAAGUGCUUUAUGAGCUGUUAUUGGCAGACUAAUCUGUUAGCAUUGUAGAUCAUGUAUUUCCAUUGUUUCUAUACAGUCAUUGUAAGGUUCCAUUCUGUAUUUUCAGAUUGUUAAAGAAUGUAAAAA